AUGGCACGUCCCAAUAUAGUCGUGGUUCUCGCUCUCCUCCUCUUCGCAGUUGCAGGGUUGGCCUCCGCCGAGACCCCCGAUGCCGACGCUGCUGUUCCCUCCUUCGGCCCUUCCUCCGACGACCUCAUUGGAAACUCCGACGAGGGCAUUUCGUCCCACGAAGACGAAGUCGUUGAGGCCCCCGUUGGCGGACCCGCUCCCCCCGGUGCCUUCCCUCCCACCGCUGAGGCGCCCGGCAGCCACAGCGGAGCAUCCGCCAUUGACGUCUCAGCCGUAGCCGGAGUUGCCGUCGCCGCCGUCGCCGGUUACUUCUUCUGA